AGCAUUUUUGCUCAAGACAUCAGCAUUUUGGCGAACCAGUAUUGCCUGGCGCGGUUGAGCCCAUGGCUGGCAACUCGCAGGCAAUGUUGCGUCGGGCUCAGGGGCUGGCGGAGUCGUUACUUGAGCAGUUCGGGAGAGGUGGUCAGCAGCCGUCGAGCGCCACAUUGUUGGCUCACCUCCGCAGCAUGGACAGCGACCCAGGAAGCGAGGUAGGUGCGCGGCCUCGAACGCACACAUCUGGCAGCGCUGUUCCCUCGUGGCCAUGCGCCCAGCCAGAUGCCGCCGCAGAGCUGAGACACAGACCUCGGAGUGGCCUCGCUCAGCGGUGGCAGCGCGCCGCAAUGUGGUCGGUGGCGGUGGGCCUGCGCGGGUGCGGCCUUGGCUCGCGGUGGGGCUCCCUUGUUGGCGCGUGGCCCGCAGACGAGGGCGGCUGGCUGGCCCUGCAGUCGAGUGUGGCGGAUGCCGCGGGGUUCCUGGCGGAUGUCCGCAGUGACAAUGCCAGCCUCGUGUGUGCUCGCGGGGGCGGGCCGCGCCCGCUGGCUUCAGAGCUUGCGGCCUCGGCGCUAGACGCGCUGGAAGUGAACAUGACACAGGAGAAAGGCGGGGAUGACGUGGACGACGAGGCAGCACAGGCGGCGUCCCCGCGGUGUCCUCGCUGUGGUCGUGCAGCCGCGGACGAUCCAGAGGCGCAGGGGCGGCUGGCCGAGCUGCGGGUGCUGCUAGGGCAGCGGCAUGGUGAUGAAGACGCCGAGCUCGCCUCCUCCGCGCUGCGUUUCUCUGCCCAGGCCGCCGCGGACUGGCUGGAGGCGCCCUUGGCUGCCAGCGCUGCAAGCUGCCCGAUGGCUUCGUCGAGCGCACGCUCCCGUCUUGCCGCCGCGUGGGACGGAGGCGGCCUCAACGCGCUAGUAACCGCCGCCGAGUCUCUCGAGUGUGGGGCAUGCGACCUGGCGGGCGCGGCGGCUUACCUCGCAGAGCAGGCAGGUGCUGCCGACGCGGACGGCCAGCCGACCGUCUGGACGGCCGUCAGCUCCCUGCUGGUGACGCGCUGCUGGCAGGCCGUGGACUUGAGCCAGCUGCUUGCGGCGUGGCGUUCCUUGGAGCUCGCCGUCUGGCGAGGCCUCGGGCAUCCGCUGCUGGCGGAGGUAGCUUCCCAGCACAUGGUGAGGCUGCUGCGCUCUGGGCGCUCAGGCCGGCUGGUCUCCGCUGAGCUCGCGGCUGGCCUGUGCGGCGCCCCAGCGGCGCUGCGCGGCCUCGUGGGCGAGCUCGGGCAGCUGCCGGCAGGCCCUGAGGCGGAAGCGCUGAAGGCGGGCGCGGCUGGGGAUCCCUUGCGCGCGAGCCUCCUGUACCUUAAUCUUGCGUCUGCAGCCCCGAGCGCCGCCGAGGUGGCCUCUGGCCUGGCUCACGCAGGCCUCUGGCUGCGGCAAGGGCUGGAGGCUACUGGCGACGUCCACGAGGCGGUCUCGAAGGCGCUAAGCGUCGUCCGCGCGGCGCAUUAUAUUGCGAUGUCAAUGCUGACCCUGGGGCAACAGUACAUCGUCCUAACAGUUUGCGCAUCCGCGCUCAGGCCCGUCGCGGGCGUCGCGACGCACGACGGCGGGCUGGAGUCUGCAGUCAAGCACAGACUUGCUUGGCUUGCCAGGCAGAUCCCCUUCUGGCAGCCGCCCUUGGUGCCGGCAGCACGAGUUCAGCAGAUUGGGGCGAUCGCAUCGCGGCUGCGUGCUGCCUUUGUUGCCAGGCUGCGGGCACUGGACCCUGUGGAGCUGAACACCGUGCCAGGUGUAGCGCAGGCGGCAGCUCUCGGACUCUACGAAGCAUCUGUGAUGGAUGGCUCACUUCGGGAGGCGGAGCAGCGCCACCCUGGGGCGCUCGGCGCGGCCCUCGGUGAGGCAGGCGUGGCCGCGCAGAGCCUGCAGGAGGACCCUUGGGCGGCGCUGCCACAGCCGGCCGCGCCGCGGCAGACGCGCUUCGCCGCCUUGCGAGGCUUGAAAGUGGACCUGGCGACCGGUUUCGCCGAGGUGCUGCUCGAGCGGCCGCGCCCAGGGCAGGGCGCCGGGCGAGGGCACAUCUCGCCGGCGCUGCUCGCCGACGCACUCGCGAUCGGGGGCGGGCCCCUGUCGCUGCGACUGGUGCCCAGCGAGGCGGCAGCCCCGCCCAGCUCCUGGUUGCGGCCAGGGCUGCUGCAGCGAGCGGUCGUUGCCCCGGCGGCGGCGGCGGACAGUGCCCUGAAGGGGCAGCUGCUGCACGCGGCGCUCUUGCUGCGGAGCCUGGCCUCGCAGGAGGCGCAACUGGAGCCUGGGCCUGCCAUGGGAGGCGCGGAGCUGCGGCUCAGGUGUGUGGACAACGCUUACAGUGUGCAUCGGCAACCGCACGGGCUGCCGCUGGAGGUGCGGCUGGGGCCGCCUCGCCUGGAGGUCGCGCCUCUCGGCCAGGAGUUUGACUCGGCGGCUGUUGGGCGGCUGGCCGCGGCCGUCACCGAGCAACUGGGCCGUGCGGGCGGGGAGCUGGUGGCGCAGCUGUGCUCGGCCCGCGCGGCCCAGACGCUGCUGGCUAAGGAUCCCGAGCAGCUGGCGGCCGUGGCCGUUGGGGCUGGGCAGGAGGUGCGACCUACAGCGGCCCAAGAGGGGUCCUCGGCGGCUCCACGAUCAGCGGUGCAGGCGGGUGCAGGGCUCCUGCAUGUCGCCAGCCACCCCAGGAGAGCCGCCUGGUUGGAGCGCCUGGCUGACGUGCACGCCAGUAUCUUUCGGGACAUGGGCUUCGUGCAUUUGGACUCCGCGGGGUGCUGGGACGAGUCGCACACGUUCGGCAGAUGUUGCAGCGUGGGCGAGCACGCCGAGGGCUGCUGGCAACGGGGUUUCACCCAGGAGAGGUGUUGUCGAAGCCUCAGCGUUUCCGACCUGGACGGAGCCAGCGCGGAGGACGUCGUUGCCGCGCUGCUGCGGCCCCUGUGCGAUCAGCUGCCCGCGCUGGACGGCGUCGCGCCUGCUGUGGUCGCCUGGCUCCGCGAUCCCACGGGCAGCUUGGAUGGACGCACGCUGAGCGGCAUCCUCGCCGACGCCCUGGAUGACGCGGCGCAGGCCUGCACUGGCGGCGUGCGGCACCAAGGGCCCCCGGAGGACGACGGCGGCCAGAGUCCCGACGUACGUCCACGUCUCGACGAGGUGCCGGUGGCUUGGGUGUCAGGGCCGCUGCUGCCGCAGCCGUGGCAGCCGUCUGUCGUCCUGGAGCCGGUGCCGCGCCCAGAAGAAGUGGCGCCCGGGGCGGGGGGAGACACGGCGUGGCCAGAGUUGGGCGAUGGCGUCGAGGCGCUCACCUUGCAGGAGCUGGAACGCCGUGCGCAGCAGGAGCGGGCCCAGUCGCGGGAGGUCCUGGAGCUGGUCGGCGCGGCGCCAGAGGUGCGCUCGCUGCGCAGUCUCGGGGAAGAGCUGCACAGGCACCUCGAGCGGCUCGGCCGUGCCCGUGCGAGAAGGCACCGCGCGGCCGAGAGGGCGCGGGCAUCUGGCGGCGAGCCUGGCAUGCGCAACCCUGACUCCGCUGGACGGCAGGCGUCUGGCGCGGCUGGCGGCCGCGGCUGCCACGACAUGGACGGCCUGCAUGCUGGGCAGGUUUUGCACAUCCGGGCGGAGGGCACCCAGGGCGCCUUCGCCGAGGAGGCCGAAGUCCUGAACAUUCUGGAGGCCGCGGGGGAGAGCAGGAUUGACGGACACCUGCAUCGCCUUCGCCUCCUUCGGUCAGGUGCCACGUCCGUCUACAACCUGUCCGAUCCAAGGUGGUCCGUUGCCAGGCUUGGCACUCAGGAGGACGGCACCAUCUGUCAGGGUCUCCAAACCACCGCGAAAGCCGAGCCCGGGGCGAGGUGGCCCGACUGCAUCGAGCAGGGUCAGAGCCUUCCUGGCGCGGACGGCGCAGGCGUAUUUGUCAACGUGGCCGCCUUCGGCGCCACCUCCGGCUGCUUCCGAGAGGAUUGCAGGCACUCCGACCACUUCGACUCCGACUCCCCCGCCCAUUGCGCACGCACCUGUGGGCUGGUGCGGGCGUGCCGCUGGUGGUCGUUCUGGUCCUCGCGCAUGGGCGGCGGCACAUGCUGGCUGCGACGGCAUGCAGAGCAGCGCGUGAAGAUGGCAAGCAGCGUGCUCGGCCCCUCUUCCUGCAUACCUCCAGCGGUCAGCUCUUGGGGGCGUGCUGCACCUGGCACUGGCGCCCGCCGAGGCGACGGAAACGCCGAUGCACAUGAGCCCACCCUUUUCGACCUGGUUGGCGGCCGCCGCGGUCUAGGCCCAAGCCACCCAUACCAUCAGUGGGACCUGGUGAAGGUGCUGGAGGCCUUCGGGCACCUGACGCCCUCGCAGGUCGAGGCGAAGGAGCCGUCCCGGCUGCGGGCUUCCGCACUGCGCUUCGCGCGGAGGGCGCAGAGGUCGUGAGCUUGCGGGCGCAGUCCUUCUUCUCUCUCCCCUCUUACUGGCGGGCUGGGCCGCGCCCAGGCGCUCGUGGGCGGGCGCGCAGAGCUGCCCCUGCCAGAGUGGAAAAGGCUCGGCGGGCGCUUCUUGAUGCUUCGUGUUGCUGUACUGUACUGUCGCUUCUUGAUGGUUCGAUUCGCAAGCGAGUUGUCAUGAUGCGGGACGCAGAGGAGCACUGGUGGACACAGUUGAGCACUGGAGGAUGAA